GCUAUGGCCAUCGAAAUUCGCGGCAAAAAAACUCCACCGUUCUUCAACCUCUUGCCAAUUCUGGACAACAUUCUUCUCUUUUUCCCUCUUAAUUCUCUAUUCUUUCUUCAUUUUUAUCCGUUCCAAUUCCAUUUCCAUUCUCAAUACCUCAUUUCUGAUCCUUUCGAUCUCAAGAACACACCCCCCGCCCCCCACUUUCCAAUGGAUUCCCUCAAAUCUCGCCGGGUUUCCACUUUCUAGUGGAAAAAUCUUUCCCCUCCCUCACUCAACUUCCUCUCGCACUUUUGAUUCUCCUCGGUUUCCUUUCACCUGAAUCCUGGUUUUCAAUCGGUUUCUUUUUCAACGGAUUUCUAGGUUUGGUUUUGAUCGAGCCGAUUGAUUUCCCCUAAAACAACAAUAAUCUUAACCUAUGUUGCUGUUGGGUUCUUCAAUGGAGCAAUUCCGGCAGCUCGGAGAGGCCUUGGGAAGUGUAAAGGCCAUCAUGCUAUUCAAAGAUAGCAUUCAAAUAAAUCAGCGGCAGUGCUGUUUUUUGCUCGAUGUUUUGAGUUUUGCGUACGAUUCAAUAGCGGAGGAGAUGAACCAGAAUCUUCGAUUCGAAGAACGGCACACUAGAUGGAAGGUUUUGGACCAGCCAUUACGAGACCUAAACAGAGUAUUCAAAGAAGCCGAAGGGUUCAUUAGACAGUGUUUGGAAGCGAAAGAUUGGUGGGUAAAAGCCCUAGUGCAAUAUCAAAACAACGAUUGCAUCGAAUUUCAUGUUCAUAAUUUGUUAUACAGCAUUACUGUUGUCGUUGAAGCCAUUGAAACAGCCGGCGAGAAUUCCGGUUUCGAUCAUGAUGAUAUGAUGAAGAAGCGGCUAAUCAACUCCUUCAAAUACAGGAAAGAACACAAGGAUUCAAAGAUUUUCAGAUGGAAAUUUGGGAAACAAUAUUUGAUUACUCAGGAAUUCUGCAAUCGAAUCGAUACGGUUUGGAAUGAAGAUCGAUGGUUUCUACUCAAUAGGAUCCGGGAGAAGAAACUCACUGCUUCUUCCAGGUAUGAACAACGAUUAACUGAUCAUCUUCUUAAAAACUUAGAUGGAUCUGAGUGUUUGAUAGGAAAAUUGCUGCCAAGCUCUAUGUUAGUAGGAUCAAGGGAUUACCAGGUUAGGAGAAGAUUAGGGGGUGGUAGUCAAUACAAAGAGAUUCUAUGGUUAGGGGAAAGCUUCGCUAUGAGGCACUUUUUUGGGGAAAUUGAAGCCUUAAUUCCUGAGAUAUCUAUACUGUUAUCACUUUCUCAUCCAAACAUCACGAGAUUUCUUUGUGGGUUUACUGAUGAGGAAAAGAAGGAGUGUUUCUUGAUAAUGGAGCUUAUGAGUAGAGAUUUAUCAAGCUAUGUAAAGGAGAUCUGUGGGUAUCGUAAGAGAAUUCCAUUUCCUCUCCCUGUAGCUCUGGAUUUGAUGCUUCAAAUCGCAAGAGGAAUGGAAUAUCUCCACUCAAACAAGAUCUUCCAUGGGGAUUUGAAUCCUUACAACAUUCUGGUUAAGCCAAGAGCUUGUUCUACAGAUGGGUAUGUGCAUGCUCAGGUGUCUGGGUUUGGGCUACCUGUUGUGAAGUUCAAGAACUCUUCAAAUCAGAAUGAAUCCCUACCGUUCAUAUGGUAUGCUCCAGAAGUUUUGGAAGAACAGGAUCAGUCAGGAAGUACACCGAGUUGUAAAUAUAGUGAGAAAUCUGAUGUUUACAGCUUUGGGAUGGUUUGUUUUGAGCUUCUGACGGGGAAAGUCCCUUUUGAGGAUAGCCAUCUUCAAGGGGAUAAAAUGAGUCGAAACAUUAGAGCAGGGGAGAGGCCACUUUUUCCACAUAGUAUGCCAAAAUAUGUGACAAACUUGACGAAGAGAUGCUGGCAUACGGACCCGAAUCAAAGGCCGGGGUUCUCGUCGAUAUGUAGAAUUCUUCGGUUUGUAAAGCGAUUUGUUGCGAUGCAUCCUGAUUAUAGUAGUCAGACCGAUCCGGCUACGCCGGCAGUGGAUUACUGUGACAUUGAGUCAUGUUUGUUGAGGAAGUUGUCAUGUUGGGGAUCAUCAGCAAUAGUAGAUAUCCCAUUUCAGAUGUUUGUUUUCAGAAUCGUUGAAAAAGAGAAAACUGGUAGCAGCAGCGUUGUUAAAGAUACCUCAGAAUCAGGAAGUGAUGGCGCCUCAGCUUGUGGGGAUGAAACGGCAUCCUCUACGGAUGAGCCUUUCCCAACGCUGGUUGAAAAAAGAUUGCCAGUUUCACGUGAAAGCACCAACAGGAGGCUUUCAUUGUCAAAGAACAGUUCUGAUGUUAAGUUCAACAAGCUACCAGGUACACCGCAAGGACGAUUUUCAAGGCCGCCACAAAUCAGUCCUCGAGGGCGUAGCAUGAGAAUGAAUUCUGAAAGCCAGCUUAUAGCAAUGACUCCAAAGGUUAGAAGAUUAUCUGGCCACGCCUCAGAUUCUGAGCUACCCUAAAAGCCAAGGAACGAGUAUCGACGUAGAUGGUUACACUCUCAUGAUUUACGCAUCGACAUGCUCAUGAACGUUCCCGGAACAAUGGGCGUCACAGACAAGUUUUUCUUCUUCUUCUUCCCUAGAAGGGUGGGUGGAAAAGGCCAUGGCACUGUGUUUGGAGCUGUGUUUUGAAGAUGAGAAUGAUCCAACAUAUUUUGUAUAUAAUAGGAAUUAUGGGUCUUAGAGAGCAAUCAGAGGAAGUGGGGAAUAAUGGAUCAAACAAUAUAAUCUCUUUCAGAGUUUUGGUGUUCAUCUUAAAUUCUAAGUGCAGCUCAUGUACAUGUAAAUGAAAGCAACAACCCAGCGUGUUGCGAGGAGGUUCCCUACCUGCCCUGCUGCACACCCCAUCGGAAGAGGACGAAGGGGGAGAGGUCAAGAAUUCAUGUAAAUGGAAUCGAUGCUUCAAAUUUUUUACUAAAACCAGAUUUCAUAUCAGAUGUAUUGCUUUGAUGCUGGUUAUAACAUUGGGAAUGAGAAUUUAAUUUCGUGUC